AUGAGGCACGGCGACGGUCCUGACGACGUCCCACAGACGCAAGACACACGCUCUGUGCCGCGGUGCGCGCAGGUUCAGGCUCAGGACGCGCUCGCGCGCAGACACGAAGAUCCGGAUGGAACGAUGAAUCCCGCAGGGCCAAACCAGUGCGCUGCCAGGUCGCCAGCCACUCCCGCAUCCCCUCGCCGAGCUCGCGACGCGUGUCAACACCUGGCCACGCGCGUGCUCGGCAACACCUUCAUCCUUGGACGCACACGCCAUUCAACGCCGAUGAACGUCCGCCUUCCCCCCAACUUGGUCGCGUUCUUCGGCCCCUUCAUGCGCCUCCAAUGCGUCGGCCACCUCACCUACUGGCUCUCCGAAUUUCGCGCACGCAUCCUCAGCGGCUCCACGGCACGUUCGCGGUCUCGGAUCGCAAGCCGCGGCACAUGCUCACGGACCGGGUGGCUCGUCAACCUCGAUAUCGUGCUCGCGACCACGCUCACCGCCCUCACCGCCCUCCGCUUCUCCGCGCUCACCACGCUCCCAGCCGGCUUCGCGCGCGCGCCGACAUCGCUAUGCGGGAGGCGCCGCUCGAACCAACGAGCGCAAUGCACAUGUUCAUGA